AUGUCUGAUUUACAUUCAACUCUGGCAGAACAUACUACUACACAAAAUGGUGAACCAAUCGAUGUCGUACAACGAAAGAACUCGAAUGAUGUUAAACUGCCACCGUUUUGGUCACUGAACGGUCUGCGCGUUCGAUGGGCAGAUCCUCUGUUUCGUAAGAUGUUAUGGAAUAUCCUCUUAUUAGCAUGGUCGUGGAGUCUCGGUGAAGGUGCAUUUUUUAUUCAAAUAAGUACAACGACUCUAGCAGCUACAAGUUUUGCUAACUGGCAUCUAGCAACAAUCCCCAUUGGCUUUAUGCUUUUCACUGGUACUGUUUGGUCGGUGUUUUUACCACGGGCUAUUGCUCGUUUUGGGUAUCGGCCGCCGCUCUAUUUCGGUGCUCUGAUGGGCAUGACCGGAGCUGGACUUUGUAUAGUGGCAACGUGGUAUAGGCUCUACUGGCUGUUAAUAGUGGGCGCUGGAUUUUUGGGUGGACAGGUGCCGUGCACGUUAUACUACCGCCUGGUUGCACUGCAAUUUUCAACGCAAGAAUUUGCUCCAAAAGCAAUUGCGAUGGUCGUUGCUGGUGGCUGUCUAUCUUCGAUUAUUGGGUGA